UCUGCACUGUGUCCUGCAUCUUCAGCAGCUGCUGCUUGUGAAAAGGACAGUGUUGAGGUUCAUAGCGCUUCUCACCGUGGUUCACUCCAUGCUGUGUUCUUGCUGUCCCUAAAGUCCCUGGGUCCUGUGAUAUUGACAAAUUUAACAUGACAGUGGGUCCCUGCCACCCUGAAUUAGCCCCCAUAUUCCGUAAGAAAUCUCAGAACACUGUUAGUCAUACGUGCUGUCUGUCUGUCGCUCAACACUCUCACUGCCAUUCAUCAGUGUUUCUCUGUGUUCAGGUUGUUGGAUCAAAGUGGAGAGUGAAGCGUCCCCCUUUGAGCAGAGCCUGUCUGCGGAAGGAGACCUUAGUGCAUCCGUGCUCCCACAGCAAGUGCUGAGCUGUGCUGAGACACCCUUGCUAAGUGCAGACAACGCAAUGAUCAUCCAGACUUCCUCUGGUCUUCUCACGCAUCAGGUGACGUCCAGUGGCGGGGAGACACCCAGGACCACUGGGAGUGGAGAGGCCAUUCACCCCGAGAAGAAGAAUUGCAAAUGCAGUUACUGUGGCAAAGUCUUUACUAGUAUCUCUCACCUUAAUCGGCACCGGAUGAUACACACUGGAGAGAAGCCUUUCCAGUGCAGCGAGUGCGGAAAGUCCUUCAGCCAGAAAGCCUUUCUCAUCAAGCAUUUCAGAAUGCACACUGGAGAGAAGCCCUAUAGGUGCAGCGAAUGUGGCAAAGCCUUCAAGCAUAAUAUCUCCCUGGUUUCUCACCAGCGAGUUCACACAGGAGAAACACCUUUUACGUGCAGUGAAUGUGGGAAAUCGUAUAUGACCAGGUCCAACCUUACACGUCAUUAUCAAGUUCAUACCGGCGAAAAGCCGUACAACUGCAGCGAAUGCGGGAAAGCCUUUAAGGAAAAAUCCAGCCUUGUUUAUCACGCCCGGGUGCAUACUCGCGAAAAACCUUUUCAGUGCAGCGAAUGUGGGAAAUCCUUCAGCCAGAAAACCUUUCUCAUUAAGCAUUUCAGAAUUCACACGGGGGAAAAGCCUUUCACCUGCGGUGAAUGUGGGAAAGCUUUUAAGCAUAACUGCUUCCUCGUUGCUCACCAGCGAGUGCACACAGGAGAAACACCUUUUACGUGCAGUGAAUGUGGGAAAUCCUACAUGAACCGAUCAAGUCUUUUGUAUCAUUAUCGAGUUCAUACUGGAGAAAAGCCUUAGAAAUGCCGCGAAUGUGUAAUGUCAUUUAAGAAAAAAAAAAAAUCCAGGUUUGUUUAUCAUGUCCGAGUGAACACCAGGGGAAAAGGUCUUCUGAAUGUCAUGAAUCUGGGAAGUGUUAAAAAAAAAAAAAGCUUCUUAGCUUAAGAAAGACCGGUAAGUUCACAACAGAGGCGACACUUUAAGAAUAAUGUGUGUGGGAGAGUCUUUACUGUGAGGUGCAGCCUCAUCAACCAUCAGAUUUCACACGGCAGCAAAGCAGUGCCCAAGCACCGACUGUGGACCUGACUUUCUAGACUCCGGAAGAUUCACACUGGAUAGAAUAUAUGUGUUGGGCGCAGUAAAUGGGGAAAUCAUUUUCAUCAUCUACUGCCUGCACACAAGAGAAUGUUCGCUGGACACAAGUCAAGAAUGUUUCAAAGGUGAGAAAUCCUCACCCUAUUGAAUAGGAUUGGAGGAGACACCUCCAUCCUAUUGAAUUGGAGAGGUCACAGAGCUGGGAUGCAUGGUGAACCCACUGACUCUGGUAAGGCUUUGAGCAGAUGUCUGCUCUUAUUAGUGAUAGCCACACAACCCAGAUAGGUCUGUGAAUGCAGACAAAAGUCUCCAGCCAUUGGCCAACCUUGUUCAGCCUUAGGAGUGAACGAGAUCGGGAUGAGAAGUCCUGAGAGUGUGAGGGAGCCAUUAAAUAAGAAUAUUGGGGUAAGAUGAGGAUUAUUGCCAUCUUCCUAGUCCCCAAAGUUAAUACACUCCGUGGAUCUUAGUAAAAGGCAGCCCUGUGUUUUGACAUCACCAGUGUGGUAUUGGAAUUUUCAUGGCACUGAAUUUGAAUGGGGGAAUGUCAGAGUGGCCUCCCUUUAAAUAAGACAUGUUUUUAUUUUUGUUCUUUUCUCACUGAAUGCUUCAGUUCCUGGAAUAAAUGAUGUUUGCUGUA